AUGGCACCAAUUGAGCAUAGCAUUGCAACUUCUGACGGAAAAGAAGUUACAAGUGUUCCUGAUGGAGAGAUGAAAGAUGUGGUUAUUGAGAUUCGAUUGUUUGGCUUUAGAGCAUUGGUGGUGAUCGUGGAGAACUAUAGAAAGGACACUUGUGAGAUGACUCCUAGUUGUGAACAUAGCGGGGUUAAGGUUUCUUUCGCACAGAAACAUCCUGAUGAUGUGCCGGGGGUGCGCUACAAGGCCACUGAGACUGCCUUUUCCCCCCUAGAAUGA